AGUUGAUGUGAAAUGUUGACAUGUGUGAGGAAAAAAUGAAUAAGCCCAAAAUGACUACUGAUAAAGGGUGAGUGACCACUGUCUUGGACACACACAAGUGCGCCAGGUUCUUUCUGUGUGUGUGUGAACACUGUUUCUGCCAGAUUCUCUUAGUCUCUCUCACACACUGCCCCUUGCCCUCAUAUGCUACACUGUUGUUUGCUAAAUGUCUUGUGACACUGUAUGGUCUUAGGACAGCAACACCACAGACCAUUAAACCUGCUAGGGCCUGUCAUGAUGCCAUCUUGACCCUAGCUAUUGUGUUGGGUUCCUCUGUCAAACAUUCACUGUUUGGGGUCAAUAACUUUUUGGGGCCUUGUAAUGACUAGCCUAUUGCCACUUUAGCCUUAGUCUGAAGCAAGCCUACUUUUGCUCCUCCACCUGUAAUCAUUAGCGUUUUUUUCCUAUAGUAAGAAGGCCUAACAUUUCAAUGGCAAAGCUCAAUUUAUAGGCUACAUUUUGAUAAACGAUGAACUCUGAAAACAGCCAUAAUGUUUGCCAUCUUGUAAGGGCUUGGUAGAAUGUUUGACUCUAUCUUAGUGUGAAUGUCUGCGCUCUUUAGCCUAACUAAUGUGUCUGUGAAUGUGUUAGUAGUGCAUAAAGGCAUAUGUGUGUUAAUGUGUCUGCGUUAGUGUAUUUGUUUGGGCAGUAUCUCACUCUGUCAUCUCACUCUCACUGUAUUUUAGUAUGUGAGUUUGUUUGUCUCUCUUUUUUCUGUCUGUGUGUGUGUGUGUGUCUCUCUCUGUCUUUAUAAGGGCAUAUGAGAGACAUUGGGUCUAUUUCUACAUUUUGAUUCUCUCUCCCAUGGCUGUUGUCAUGCCAAUGUGACCUUUGACCUCACUGCCCAACAUGAGCUUAAUAUAACCACAGAGCAGGGUCAUGUUCAUUAGGGCGUACUACGGAAAAUAUUUGCUUUAUGAGAACAUGGGCUGAUCAUGCCUGGGUAUGUGUCAAGUAUUAAACCUCUGUCUCUCUCUCCCAGCGUUCCCAGUAACUCCAGGGUGCUGAUGUUGUUGGGCCAGCUGGAGAAGCUGAACGGGGAGUCCAUGCUGGCGGACCCUGAGAUCACCAGGCAGAUCACUGCCAAGAUCCUCCACCUCAUCCAGACACAGGGUGAGAAGAUUACUAGCCUAUACAACCCCUUUCACACUCACUGAGCCUAGCUGAGCCUAGCUAGCCAGGUUACUCAUUGACCAUAUAGUAGCUGAAACUAUGCCGUAAAGGCUAAUGGGAAAAUAUUAUCCUAUAUUUGAGUCAGCAAACCGUAAAACUUCCAUUAAACGCAGAGUCUCCAACAAGUGCCUGUCUCUUGUAAUAGCUGGGUAUAAUUUAACAUUUUAGCAAAGAAACGCCGGCCUCUAAUAAACGCUUGGUCAAAAAAGUAUAAUUAAGCUGAUCGCAUUUUGCCAGUCUGCUCCGGUGGAAUUUCUCACACUGAAUGAUUGCUUGCAAUGCAGCCUGAUAAUAGCUGCACCCUAUCAUAUCUGUAUCACAGACAUAUCUGAUCAUAUCUGUAUCGCAUGUCUUUGUGGAACCACUCAAGCAAGUCAAGUUGAGGCACUUGUGUUACAGAUGUAGGAUCUUAAUUUGAUCACCCUGUUGCAGUAUAACUUUUUAAAGUUGUAAUGUAUUUGAGGCUUCUGAAGUUUGUAAUUUUCACUUAGAAAUGUCUGACUUGAUUUUACCUUAUGAAAAAUGUAUCAACCCCUACAAAAAUGUCCAUUAAUUAUAUAAUCCAAAUAAUAAUUCACAUUUCCUGUUGCUGCAAAAAAAGAGGACUGAGCACGCCCCCAUUCUCAUCGACGGGGCUGUAGUGGAACAGGUUGAGAGCUUCAAGUUCCUUGGUGUCCACAUCACCAACGAACUAUCAUGGUCCAAACACACCAAGACAGUCGUGAAGAGGGCACGACAAAGCCUAUUCCCCCUCAGGAGACUGAAAAGAUUUGGCAUGGGUCCUCAGAUCCUCAAAAAAUUAUACAGCUGCACCAUCGAGAGCAUCCUGACUGGUUGCAUCACCGCCUGGUAUGGCAACUGCUUGGCCUCCGACCGCAAGGCACUACAGAGGGUAGUGCGUACGGCCCAGUACAUCACUGGGGCCAAGCUUCCUGCCAUCCAGGACCUCUAUACCAGGCGGUGUCAGAGGAAGGCCCUCAAAAUUGUCAAAGACUCCAGCCACCCUAGUCAUAGACUGUUCUCUCUGCUACCGCACGGCAAGCGGUACCGGAGUGCCAAGUCUAGGUCCAAAAGACUUGUCAACAGCUUCUACCCCCAAGCCAUAAGACUCCUGAACAGCUAAUCAUGGCUACCCGGACUAUUUGCACUGCCCCCCCACCCCAUCCUUUUUACGCUGCUGCUACUCUGUUAAUUAUUUAUGCAUAGUCACUUUAACUCUACCCACAUGUACAUAUUACCUCAACUACCUCAACUAGCCGGUGCCCCCGCACAUUGACUCUGCAACGGUACCCCCCUGUAUAUAUAGCCUCCCUACUGUUAUUUUAUUUUACUUCUGCUCUUUUUUUUCUCAACACUUUUUUUGUUGUUGUUUUAUUUUACUUUUGUUGUCAAAAAAUGCACUGUUGGUUAAGGGCUGUAAGUAAGCAUUUCACUGUAAUGUCUGCACCUGUUGUAUUCGGCGCAUGUGACCAAUAAAAUUUGAUUUGAUUUGCAGGAUUAUUUUCCUGCUCUAGCAAACUGGCUCAAAUUAAGAUCCUACAUCUGUACCUUCUUUGUGGCUGCAUUUCACUUGCACCAAACCUCUACCUGUAUCGCCAAAUCCCCAACAAUGGCUUAUAACAACACUUCAACAUUAUUUGUGUUCUUCUCAUGGCUGCACCUCCCUUAAGCUCAAACCCAUUACAGUAUUAUGCAUACAUGACAUUCACUCACUCACCCCUGUUAAGCCAGCUGGUGCAAAUAGCAUCAACAAAGAUUGUCUUGGCCAUCUUCUCCUCUGUACCUCAACUCUAGUGCUGAUGUUGUUGUAGCUCAUUCUCUAUGGUUAUCCACCAUGUUGUCUUGGGCCUUCCUUCUGGAGUCCAGUGGAUGGCUCAACUCUUGGAAUUGGGUAUGUGUUCUUCCUUGAACGUGUCCAAACCAGCACUAUCUGUGUCUUUUGAGUAUUGUGUCCACAGCUUUCUGCUUUGUUUGUCUGAGGAGGUUGGUGUUUGAUAUUGUGUUUGGCCAAAAUAUGACAUUCAUGAUUCUUCGGAGAAGGUGGAUAUUUUUUUACAGUCAUUUUCUUAGAAGAACCAUAAUAGGCCUGGUUUCGUGGUGGAUGCUGUCAAAAGCCUACUGGAAGUCAAUAAAGUUGAUGUAGAACUGCCCACACUUACUGUCCUGUUAUGUAGCCUAUCUUUAGCGUGUCUGGGUAGAUGAGGACAGUGGUCACGUGACAGCCUAUAGGAUGUGUGAAUAGGUCAAAAGGUAUUUGGGCGGCUAAGUAGAUGUUUGGGGACAAUAAUUGGUAUGUGUUUCAGUUGGCCAGGGGAGAUUUACGAGGGUGAAAGGGGUGUUGGGGCGUUAGUGGGUAGAUGUUUGGGGUGGUUGUCCUAGGAUGGCAUGUUGCAUGUCUUUAGUAGUGGAAACAUUUUAGCGGAGGGACGGUUAGCUCUGUAACUGGAUCCCCCCCACCCUGACCCCCACCCAGUGAACACUCAGCUUUCUGCCCCAUUGGGAGUGAUACCUGACCCUCCCCCCGCUCCCUCCCCGACGUGAGUUCCUCUCAAUCCUUCCUCCUUCCCACCCCCCUGCUGGCUUGUACGUCACAGAGAAUCUGACAUUUGAUGAAAAGCUGUUUCAAUCAGUUUAUAAUUACCCAGCCAGCACCCCUCAGUGAAUCUUCCCAGACAUACUGCACUGAGGAAGGCCAUCGAGUGUACACACACACACACACACACACACACACACACACACAGUUCCUGGUUUGAGUGAAUAACAAACAUUUGCAUGUCGAUAUACUGUAUCUGCUUCACAAAAAAAAUAUCAAAAAGCCUUACAUCUAAUCUGGUGUAUCACAUCAUUCUGAGUGAAGAGUGAUGACUGCUGGGUCAACAGCUGAUGGAGAAAGUGAGAUCCCAUCACAUUAGUCAGCAAUGUGAUACUGUUUAGACAAAAAACACAUUGGCCUUUUGCUAUUGAGAUAACUGGCAUAGCUAGACAUACAAAUGUCAGAGACUCGCAUGACACAGCUCUGUUGUAGACACUCACAUGCAUAUAUAUACAUCUGUUGCGAUGACAAGGGUCAGUGGUGGACCAGUGGUGCUAGGUUUGUUGAGCUAGAGCAAAGUUGAAACUUUGAAAAUGGAAAGGAGAGAACUGGACGUCAACAUUGAUUGAAGAUCACUUCAAGAUCAGCAUUGACACAUGGAUUGGUUUGUCGUGCCAAGCUUCAGAUUGCUGAUCUGAGUUAGAUGUAGAGCACAGAAGGUUGGUGGCACCUUAAUUGGGGAGGACGGGCUCAUGGUAACGGCUGGAGCGGAAUUAGUGGAAUAGAAUCAAAUACAUCAAACACAUGGUUUCCAUGUGUUUGAUGCCAUUCCAUUUGCUCCGUUCCAGCCAUUAUUAUGAGCCGUCCUCCCCUCAGCAGCCUCCACUGAUGUAGAGGUCACUUGGCUGGAUCAAGUUCUUCAUUCUAAGCUCAUAGCCAGUUAGCAAAACGUGGCUUUCAGCCCUUUUGUAUUACACCUUUUGUUUCAAAUCUGCUUCUUUGAACAUGGGCAGCACAGACUUUCCAAUGUCUGAUGUAGCCUGUAGAAGUCACGCUUCAUCACUUUUGGAUUCAUUGAAGGUCAUCACAUUAUCUAUUUGGUUGUUGUUGUUCAAAUAGGUUUUCAAUCGAAAACAUAGUCUUCUAGAGAGGGAAUGCUGUCUCAUUUCUAGCUGAAAUCAGAGCAGCAGUGCAUGUUGAAACGUGAGCGUGUCUCUCUCGGUGGGACGUCCCUCUUGCAGUGAUAAAUCUCUGUGGUCCUGACUUCUGCACGCACGACAGGCUACAGCUCUUCUUGGGCUCGGCCUCCGGCCACACCCUGACACAGCCAGCCCCACUUGGGAGACAUCCAGACCUGUUUCACACAGUCAUCAUUAGGGCUUUGAAUUGUCAGGGACCUCAGAAUAUUAUAUUAUCGCGAUAAUUCGGUGCAGAUACGAUAUGUAUUGCGAUUCUCACAAUUCUAUAUGUAUUGCGAUUAGAUUGUUCCCUCCCAAUAUAUAUAUUUUUAUGUAGAGCAUAAAAAUGUGGUCCUCUGUGGUCCUCUGUAGCUCAGCUGGUAGAGCAUGGCACUUGUAACGCCAAGGUAGUGGGUUCGAUCCCCGGGACCACCCAUACACAAAAAUGUAUGCACGCAUGACUGUAAGUCGCUUUGGAUAAAAGCGUCUGCUAAAUGGCAUAUUAGUAUUAUUAUUAUUUAGAAGGACUGAAGCUCAGUUCUGGUGACUUUUUAAAAGGACAUUCUACUCCAAAAUGAAUAAAAAUAAAAUUAUAUAAAAAAUAUAAUUUCCACCUACAGAAAUGAACCCAAUAAUGAACCCAAUAACAUAUUGGUACAAUUAUUUGUUUAAAUUAUUUUAACAUAUUGGACCAUGCAUAUAAUAACUAAAAUUAAAUAAAUGUUUUAUUGUCACAUACACCUGAUAGGUGCAGGUGUUGUACAGGGUCAGCCAUAGUAGUACAGCACCUCUUGCGCAAAUUAUGGUUAAGUGCCUUGCUCAAGGGCACAUCGACAGAUUUUACAGCAUGGCGGCUCGGGUAUUUGAACCAGCAACCUUUCGCUAUGCCACCUGCCACCCUAUGAUACCUGCCACCCUAUGCAUAGUGCCAACUAAAGUUUGGUGGAGGAGGAAUAAUGGUCUGGGGCUUUUUUCCUGGUUCGGGCUAGGCCCCUUAGUUCCAGUGAAGGGAAAUCUUAAUGCUACAGCAUACAAUGACAUUCUAGACGAUUCUGUGCUUCAAACUUUGUGGCAACAGUUUUGACUAGUUAACAUCCUACUGAUGAAUUUUAUUUCUCAAAAAGCGUUCAUAAACACAGUGAAUACACGCCCCCUGGGUAACACGCCCCCUGCCUGUACUCACAGAAACCUCAUGUCACCAUUUCUUCCCCCAACACUUUCCCUCAUUGCCACUACUCUUGCUCAACUAAAAAUGUAAUCUGUCUCAUCACAAUUUAAGUCUAUUUUGAGGUAGGGUGGCGUUUUUAACCCAUGUAGUCCCCUGUAGCUCAGUUGGUAGAGCAUGGCGCUUGCAACCCCAGGGUUGUGGGUUCGUUUCCCACGGGGGCCAGUAUGAAAAUGUAUGCACUCACUAACUGGAUAAGAGCGUCUGCUAAAUGACUAAAAUGUAAAUGUUCGCGCAUAUUUAGGAGUUGAGAAAUAAAUCAAGUAGGAAUGGAAAGCUGGGAUCCCCCUCUUUUUAAUAAAGGCCAUUAAAACUGCUGUUUUCCCUGUGAUUGCAAGAAUUGUUGUGCGUUGACUGCACGUUUCCCUCCCUAUGGUACUCGUAACUUGAAUGCGCCUCGAGAGGAAUAUUUAUCUCGCAUAGAACACACAACAACAAUCCGACUAGGUAAAUACUGUAGAUUUAAACUAUUCUACUAUGGGGUAGUCAGAAUCUUCUAUUCGUUACUCGUUUUGUUUGCUGACAAAGUCAAUGUGGACUGUUCUAGCAUAAAUCUUUUUUAAUGUUAAAUAAACAUAUUUUAUAGGCGUGGUGGCAACGAUUCUGCCGUGGCGCAGCACCACAGAUAAAUGACUGCAGUGGAAACACUGGCAAUUUCAUACUACUCAUUUUAUUGCAAUAUGAUGUUCCAAAGAUAUUGCUCUCUAUAUGUCUGCUGCAGAGAGAUGCGAGAGCAUGAGAUUUUUUUAUAUUUUUUUUUAUCAGUCAUGGAAAUAAGUGCUGAAAACAUGUUGUCUCGCUAUUUAAAAAGAAGAUGAACAAGCUAUAGGAUGAAAAAUAACUGAGUUUUUGCACAGGUACAGCCGACUAGCGCUAGCUAACGCUACCUAUCAAAACAAAUACAACAUUUGGAGUCAAAGUAUCGAUGUAAAUCGUCCAAAGGAAUAUUGUGGUAUGUAACUAUCGAUCGGGAGGGAGGGGGGGUGGAGAGAGAGACAAAACGGCAACUGCCUCCUAUCUUUCUAUCCAUGCCUGGGUAUCAUGUUCGCUGUCUGCAUAGGAGGGCACCUUGCUGGAACACAGCCUGGUCUGCCUGUCCGUCGGUCCGUCUGUCUGGGCUUGAAUGCUGAGUAGGUAGUGGAGGUUGGGUAGUGUAGUAGCCUUCUAGGUCUGGACUUUUAGAGUGCACGUGCAGUGGGAGGUACUAAGAGCUGUGUUCUAUCCUGGUCUGGUCUGGUGGUUGGGCUUGGGGGCAGUUAGCUUCAGUGUACUCCAGGCUGUUUGGGGGGAUCCUACCUCUGGGAAAGAUGGAAUAUAGCUACACCGGGAGAUCUAGCCGCUUGGUGGCCCCCGCGGAGCGCUCCACCUCCCCAGGUAAGGAAUGGGACUGAGACUGGUGGACGAGGAAGAAAAGUACUACAGUUCUGCAGCACCAUGCAACCCCUGUAGUGCAGAACACUGUUAGAUCUACUACAGCUAGCUACUGCUUUGAGCAGUUUGUGCAGCUAGGCUACUGUUCAACGAAACAAAGGUUUCUAUAGAAUCUGCAAAUCUUGUAUUUGCACAAAAUAAAAUCACUACUCUGUUAAUAAAAGAAAGUUGUGAAAAGUUUAACUGAUUUCUGAAGCGUUUACGGUUCACCUUGCCAGCCAAUAAGUCAGUGUAAAGCCCACUGUAUUCUAUUAUCCAGUAGAUUACUUCAAUAACCAAUAAAACCCUUGUAUUGGUUAUUUCUUGUGCAGAUAACACAACAUGAAUACCAUGAUACUGGGUAGUUGGUGCCCAUAAUACAGUUCCUUACUAGCCUAAUACAAGACUUACAGUGAAGCCAUUGGAAUGUCACACGGUCAUCAUCACAUCAAUAGUAACAUUUGAUUUGAACCAUGAAGUUUAUUUUACUUGAUGCAUUUUUUUUAUAGGUAUUUGCAUUCUUAUUUUGUUUUCAGGCUCAACUGUGAAGUAUUGUUUUUGUUUUCGAAGAGCUUUAAAAAGUCUGGUAUGACAAAUGUUUUUAGAGGUCACUUUUUCGCACAGCCGCUGACUGUUGAAGCGUGUGUGCGCGGGGGCGUAGAUGAGAGACUGGACCAGGUCUUGUGAAGAUGAAUUAUGCACCAGGGCGUGUGCGCGUGUGUGUGUGCAUCCAUGAGCGGUGCAUCUGUGUGGGUGUACGUCUGGUCUGUGUUUGAGCUUGUUGGCUGCCCCAGUGCUGAAACCUGAUUUGUGACGUGUGCUUUAUUUAUGAGCCUAUAAAUCAGAGGGGGGAUGUUUCACACUUUUCAUCUCCAUAUUCCCAUUCAUCCUGGUGUUCAUUAGGUCUGCUCCAUCAAACAUUUAUUGGUCCAGGUGGUGUGGCUGGCAUCAACACCAGCAAAAUGACUCUAUUUCACGGGAUAUGAGCUGCCCUGCGUGCUGUUGACUAAGCCCUAUUUUGUUUGUGUUCCUGGUUAUUUCUGUUGGUUUCUACGCCUGAAGGUAUACAUUUGGGCACACAUGAGUUUUAGUUGUGGUUUUGAGUUUUUGCUCCGAUGGUGUGUGUGUGUGUGUGUGUGUGUGUGUGAAGCCCCGUCAUCACGGAAAGGUUGCUGGAGUUUCUUUUCCAUCCGUGUGGUUAGUGUUUUAGAGAGAAUCUAUGGCAGGCAGGCAGAGGCAUAGGUUUGACUUCAACAUAUCAUUGGGGAAGAAAAUGUUGCCUCUUUCUCUAAUAAUGGGGGGCAAAUGUUCCCCAUUGCCCUCACGUAAAUUACACCCCUGGUGGCAGGCUAAGACAGACAGACAGACAGACAGACAGACAGACAGACAGACAGACAGACAGACAGACAGGACAGACAGACAGACAGACAGACAGACAGACAGACAGACAGACAGAGAGAGUCUUCUUUCUCAGAGAGAGGAGUAUGUUCCACCCUUCUACUGCAACAGGAGAUGGAUUUGAGCAUUUCUGUAAAUGGAGAGCUGGAGGGCUCAUGUUUUAGCACGUCUAAUGUACUGUACAUGUUAUUUAUAAGCCUAUACAGUGCAUUCGGAAAGUAUUCAGACCCCUUGAUGUUUUCCACAUUUUGUUACGUUACAGCCUUAUUCUAAAAUGGAUUAAAUUAAUAUUUAUCCUUAUCAAUCUACACACAAUACCCCAUAAUGAUAAAGUGAAAACAGGUUUUUAGAAUCUUUUGCAAAUUUAUAAAAAAACAACAACAGAUACCUUAUUUACAUAAGUAUUCAGACCCUUUGCUAUGAGACUCAAUUGAGCUCAGGAGCAUCCUGUUUCCAUUACUCAUCCUUGAGAUGUUUCUACAACUUGAUUGGAGUCCACCUGUGGUAAAUUCAAUUGAUUGGACAUGAUUUGGAAAGGGACACACCUGUGUGUAUAUUUAAGGUCCCACAGUUGACAGCCAGAGCCCGGACUUGAACCCGAUCGAAUGUCUCUGGAGAGACCUGAAAAUAGCUGUGCAGCGACGCUCCCCAUCCAAACUCACGAGCUUGAAAGGACCUGCAGAGAAGAAUGGGAGAAACUCCCCAAAUACAGGUGUGCCAAGCUUGUAGCAUCAUACCCAAGAAACCUUGAGGCUGUAAUCGCUGCCAAAGGUGCUUCAACAAAGUACUGAGUAAAGGGUCUGAAUACUUAUGUAAAUGUGAUAUUUCUGUUUUUUUUGCACAAAUUUCUAAAAACCUGUUUUUGCUUUGUCAUUAUGGGGUAUUGUGUGUAGAUUGAUGAGGGAUUUUUUUUUUAAAAAAAAAAAAAUCAAUUUUCAAAUAAGGCUGUAACGUAACAAAAUGUGGAAAAAGUCAAGGGGUCUGAAUACUUUCCGAAUGCGUUGUAUGUUAUUUUUAUAUUUGCUAAUACAGUACUACUCAUUUUCACAUGAAUUCUGCUAUUUGAUUAAGAAAUGGCAUGGUAAAAAGGCCAACAUGAUGAUUAUUUGUACUACAGUAGCCUAUUUGUAAACACUAACAUAGUGCAGGAAAACGUAACGUAACUAAGGUCCCUCUUUGUGUUACAGAGAAGACACGGAAGGACAUCAUGUCCAAGGGCUCCAGUGGCAUGGAGGUCAUCCUGGCAACUUUGGAGGUGAGUUCCCGUCCCAUUCCACUAUGGAGUUAAGUUAGUGCCAAAAAUCGAACUCACAUGUCAAUAAUUGAACUCCAUAUUCUGCUACUGUACGAUACCACAACAUAAUAAGGAGAGGGCAUAAGGAGACCAACACAUUCAUGACAGGGAAUAUCGUUGAGUACCCCUUUCACACUAUCGUGCCAUCCCAAACCAAACAGUGCUGGCGCUACUAUUUUCAAGGCUGGAAUGGGCUACAAGACCAUCGCCAAGCAGCUUGGUGAGAAGGUGACAACAGUUGGUGCGAUUAUUCACAAAUGGAAGAAACACAAAAUAACUGUCAAUCUCCCUCGGCCUGGGGCUCCAUGCAAGAUCUCACCUCGUGGAGUUGCAAUGAUCAUGAGAACGGUGAGGAAUCAGCCCAGAACUACACGGGAGGAUCUUGUCAAUGAUCUCAAGGCAGCUGGGACCAUAGUCACCAAGAAAACAAUUGGUAACACACUACGCCGGAAAGGACUGAAAUCCUGCAGCGCCCGCAAGGUCCCCCUGCUCAAGAAAGCACAUAUACAGGGCUGUCUGAAGUUUGCCAAUGAACAUUUGAAUGAUUCAGAGGAGAACUGGGUGAAAGUGUUGUGGUCAGAUGAGACCAAAAUGGAGCUCUUUGGCAUCAACUCAACUCGCCGUGUUUGGAGGAGGAGGAAUGCUGCCUAUGACCCCAAGAACACCAUCCCCACCGUCAAACAUGGAGGUGGAAACAUUAUGCUUUGGGGGUGUUUUUCUGCUAAGGGGACAGGACAACUUCACCGCAUCAAAGGGACGAUGGACGGGGCCAUGAACCGUCAAAUCUUGGGUGAGAACCUCCUUCCCUCAGCCGGGGCAUUGAAAAUGGGUCGUGGAUGGGUAUUCCAGCAUGACAAUGACCCAAAACACACGGCCAAGGCAACAAAGGAGUGGCUCAAGAAGAAGCACAUUAAGGUCCUGGAGUGGCCUAGCCAGUCUCCAGACCUUAAUCCCGUAGAAAAUCUGUGGAGGGAGCUGAAGGUUCGAGUUGCCAAAAGUCAGCCUCGAAACCUUAAUGACUUGGAGAAGAUCUCCAAAGAGGAGUGGGACAAAAUCCCUCCUGAGAUGUGUGCAAACCUGGUGGCCAACUACAAGAAACGUCUGACCUCUGUGAUUGCCAACAAGGGUUCUGCCACCAAGUACUAAGUCAUGUUUUGCAGAGGGGUCAAAUACUUAUUUCCCUCAUUAAAAUGCAAAUCAAUUUAUAAAAUUUUUGACAUGCUUUUCUGGAUUUGUUUGUUGUUAUUCUGUCUCUCACUGUUCAAAUAAACCUACCAUUAAAAUUAUAGACUGAUCAUGUCUUUGUCAGUGGGCAAACGUACAAAAUCAGCAGGGGAUGAAAUACUUUUUUCCCUCACUGUAUAACAAGGACUAUCAAUGUCAUGGUAUCCUAAAAGUAUUGGAAAUAAUAGUCCUCCCUGAGAUGCAGUUUACAUGGCACACACUUGGUUUUGGCAAUGGCUUUUAAAUCUCCCCGUCUAGUUAUAUCUCUCCAUGUAUUUAUAUACCACUUGAUGACAGAUCAAUUUAUGAGUUGGGGAAAAGCCACUCCCUAUUUGUAGAGACUGAAUCCUAAGGGAGAAGGUUUGUGUGUGAAUACGUAGGUAUGCGUAGAUUUGGUGGUGUGUGCACGAAUGGCUGUGUGUCUGUCAAUGUGUGUGCACACAUGUAUGAAUAUGUUUGUCCAUGCUCACAUGUUAUUGAGUGUGUUGGUAAUACCCAGCAUGCUCUCUGUUUUUGAUAGAACACAAGGGAUCUGCAAACUAUCCUGAACAUUCUGUACAUUCUGAAUGAGCUGUUAACCGUUGGUAAGUGGUAACCGCUCUUUAAUUGGAUAAUUGGGGCAAACGGUGUUCUGUUUGAGUGUCCUGCGCUCUGAUUCUACAAGUGUCAAUUGUCUUGGGUGGAAACAGUGCUUUGAUUGGGUAGGUUUUUACUCUAAAGCUGAGUUCACAGAGAGCAUCUGAGAAAGUUUAGACUCAUUUCAGCUGGUUUAGAUUGUCAGAUUGUAGAACUUUGGAACCUGUUCACACAAACUCUGACAACAGAGACUGACCAAGAAUCUUUCAAAAAACUUUAAAACAGGAUUUUGUUCAUUGUCUGUUUUUUGCCUGGUCACACUGCCAGACUGAUGGAAUCCAGUUGAGAUUAGUCUAGAUUUUCUCUGAUGGUCUGUGUGAACUCCGCCCAAUGACAACUGAACUGAUAGGUUGAUUUUGUGGAAACUGACGGUGAUCAGUUGACUUGUGAAAAUUGAAAUGGUGAUUGAUCAAUUUGUGAAGGCUGUGGUAAUAGGUGUGUGUGUCUCUCUCUAUCCCAGGUGGGGGGCGCAGGAUUGGAGUGUUUGUGUCCAAGGGUGGCACAGGCAUCUUGCUGCAGUUGGUCCUUAGUGCCAGUAAAGAGUCUCCCCCCAGUGAGGAGGUCAUGCUGCAGCUCCACUCAGUCCUGGCCAAGGUUGGACCAAAAGGUAACACACACACACACACACACACACACACACACACUAUAUGUGAAGGUACUCUACCACUGUACCAGGAGCCUCAACAUUGUCAUUCAAACUUCUACCAUAAACUAAAUCCAUACCACAAACACACCAAUUCUAGCACGUACACCCCUUCACGUCUGUCUUUCUUUCUUCAGACAGGAAGUUUGGUGUGAAAGCCCGUCUGAACGGAGCUCUGAACGUCACUGUGAACCUGCUCAAACAAAACCUGCAGAACCACAAGCUGCUGCUGCCCUGUCUGCUGGUUCUACGCGUCUACUCCUCCAACUGUGAGUCUGACCCACACUUACUAAACUGACCUUACAUGUACUGUAGGAACCAGCAUUCUGACUGACAGUUACUAACCCAACCUACUGUUGCCAGAGGAACCAUACAUCUGACUGACAGUUACUAACCCAACCUACUGUUGCCAUAGGAACCAUACAUCUGACUGACAGUUACUAUCCCAACCUAUUGUAGUAUAGCUUCAACUACAGCCAACUUCUUUCUGGUGGUAUUGUUGAGGGCACUGAGGUUUGUCUGUCUUCAGCUGUGAACGCUGUGUCCCUGGGGAAGAAUGGAGUGGUGGAGCUCAUGUUGAAAAUCAUCGGACCCUACAGCAAAAAGAACACCAGUCUGCUGAAGUAAGUGGUGUGUGUAUGUGUGUCGAGGAUGAAUGGUGUGUGUGCUGCUGUUUUUGACCCCUUUCUCUGGCUGUCUUUUACUCAACAGAGUAUCCCUGGACACACUGGGGGCCUUGCUCAAAUCCAGUAAGUACUGCUCUCACUCUGCAGUGUUUAGGACAAUGUCCUGUCAUGGUUUUUCAAUAACAGUGCUAUUGUCAGUGGCUAUUAUCAACCAGUAUCUGUCUUUCCCUCCCUCUCUCUCUCGCUCCCUACUUCCCUCCCUCGCUUCCUCACACCUUCUCUCCAUCCCUCCUUCCCUCCCCCCAUCCAUCCAACACUCCCUCCCUCAGAGACCAACGCCCGGCGGGCGGUGGUCCAUGUGCCCGUCCUGCUGUACAUCUACCAGGACUGGCACCGCAACGACACGUGCCACCGCCACAUGCUCAUCCGCAAGGGCGUCCUGGGCUGCCUGAAGAACAUCACCAACAGCAAGCUGGGCCGCAAGGCCUUCAUCGAUGCUGACGGGAUGAGGAUCCUCUAUAACACCUCCACUGUGAGUAGGGUGACAACAUUACCAAAACUUGAGCUUAGACUCAGCCACCCUCUGUCUAUGUCCCUAGCCUUAGCCCCAACUCUCGCUUCAACACCCCCACCUUGAGUCUCACCUUUACAUUACACCAACACUGAUGAUUAUGGUGAUGAUAAUGUUCAUGAUAAUGGUAAAUAUUAAUGAUGGUGAUAAAUAAUAAUGAUGGUGAUGUGUUGUUUUUAGGAGUGCCUGCCGGUGAGGACUCUGGACCCUCUGAUCAACACUUCCAGCCUUAUCAUGAGGAAGUGCUUCCCCAAGAACCGCCUCCCUCUGCCCACCAUCAAGAGUGUCUUCCACCACCAGCUGCUUCAUGUACCUGCAGGAGGGCCAGUCGCUCAGCUCUACAACCAGCCCCCGGGGGGUGAGGCUCAAACACACACACAUUCUAUACUCACAAUACUUGCGAGCCUCUUAAAUCACCCCAAUGGUCAUUGCACACAGUUAACUCACACGCUCUACACGUCCCUUUCAGGAGUCCCCAUUUACCAGUUCUACACCAAGCCCCCAUGGGGUAAGACUUGUCACAAUAAAUAGCAGCAGCCUAACCACUACUGACUCACACUCCUCAAUCUGUCACACUACUAACAGUAUAAUACACCCUCUCCUACAUUAAGGAUCUGUAACUCGAGAACUUUCACACUACUUACAGUUGUUCAUUGACAUCACCUCACUCAACAAGCCAUCUGCAGGCUGGCCAAUCAAGACACCAGCUCUUCUCUCUCUCUCUCUCUCUCUCUAUCUCUCUAUCUCUCUAUCUAUCCCUCCCAUCUCAUCUCACUCCUGGCUGCUUAUUCUCACAAUCACCUUUCUCUUCUCUCAUCUAGUGCACAAUCCAACCAACCAAUCAGGGCUGGUUUCCAAAAAUCAUAAAUAUCCUCUUUAGCGUUGAGAUCAUUGUUCGUCGUUUGCUUACCAAUGGACUUAAGAUUGUCUUGGUACUGAAGAUGAUCUUAGUUUUUUGGAAACGCUAGACCCUGUAACCAGUCAGGUUACGCCUUUAAUCUUUGGGUCAAUUCCGUUUCAAUUCUGUCAAUUCAGGAAGUAAACUGUUUACUUCCUGGAUUGACUGAUUAGAAAUGGAAUUGAUGCCAACCCUGCCUGUUUCCCUGUGCUUUCUAGUGGAUGAUGUGGUGGACGAUAGCGACGAUAAUGAGGAUGCCGAGGCCGAGAACGACACGGAGAACGAGGAGGAGGAGAAGAACAACCACGCUGGGGUACAGUGACCAUGAACGCAGCCUUAUAAUUUAAACCACACCUUGUUUGACUGACCGCAGAAUGACUACAUGCAAACAUACACUACCGUUCAAAAGUUUGGGGUCACUUAGAAAUGUCCUUGUUUUCGAAAGAAAAGCAAUUUUUUUGUCCAUUAAAAGCAAUUUUUUUGUCCACUUCUGAUUGGUUCCAGUGGCUCUGACCCCCAGUUAUUUCUCUGAGGAUAUCAGUUUUUUGUAACAAUGCCCUAAACAUAAGCCUGUAAUUUACAUUUUAUUGAGGCAUAGUGCAAUUAUGAAUGCUAUAAUCAUUGUACAUACAUCUCUCUCUCUCUCAUAUAUAUCUAUCUACAGUGGGGGAAAAAAUGUAUUUAGUCAGCUACCAAUUGUGCAAGUUCUCCCACUUAAAAAGAUGAGAGAGGCCUGUAAUUUUCAUCAUAGGUACACGUCAACUAUGACAGACAAAAUUAGAUUUUCUUUUCCAGAAAAUCACAUUGUAGGAUUUUUAAUGAAUUUAUUUGCAAAUUAUGGUGGAAAAUAAGUAUUUGGUCAAUAACAAAAGUUUCUCAAUACUUUGUUAUAUACCCUUUGUUGGCAAUGACACAGGUCAAACGUUUUCUGUAAGUCUUCACAAGGUUUUCACACACUGUUGCUGGUAUUUUGGCCCAUUCCUCCAUGCAGAUCUCCUCUAGAGCAGUGAUGUUUUGGGGCUGUCGCUGGGCAACACGGACUUUCAACUCCCUCCAAAGAUUUUCUAUGGGGUUGAGAUCUGGAGACUGGCUAGGCCACUCCAGGACCUUGAAAUGCUUCUUACGAAGCCACUCCUUCGUUGCCCGGGCGGUGUGUUUGGGAUCAUUGUCAUGCUGAAAGACCCAGCCACGUUUCAUCUUCAAUGCCCUUGCUGAUGGAAGGAGGUUUUCACUCAAAAUCUCACGAUACAUGGCCCCAUUCAUUCUUUCCUUUACACGGAUCAGUCGUCCUGGUCCCUUUGCAGAAAAACAGCCCCAAAGCAUGAUGUUUCCACCCCCAUGCUUCACAGUAGGUAUGGUGUUCUUUGGAUGCAACUCAGCAUUCUUUGUCCUCCAAACACGACGAGUUGAGUUUUUACCAAAAAGUUAUAUUUUGGUUUCAUCUGACCAUAUGACAUUCUCCCAAUCCUCUUCUGGAUCAUCCAAAUGCACUCUAGCAAACUUCAGACGGGCCUGGACAUGUACUGGCUUAAGCAGGGGGACACGUCUUGCACUGCAGGAUUUGAGUCCCUGGCGGCGUAGUGUGUUACUGAUGUAGGCUUUGUUACUUUGGUCCCAGUUCUCUGCAGGUCAUUCACUAGGUCCCCCCGUGUGGUUCUGGGAUUUUUGCUCACCGUUCUUGUGAUCAUUUUGACCCCACGGGGUGAGAUCUUGCGUGGAGCCCCAGAUCGAGGAAGAUUAUCAGUGGUCUUGUAUGUCUUCCAUUUCCUAAUAAUUGCUCCCACAGUUGAUUUCUUCAAACCAAGCUGCUUACCUAUUGCAGAUUCAGUCUUCCCAGCCUGGUGCAGGUCUACAAUUUUGUUUCUGGUGUCCUUUGACAGCUCUUUGGUCUUGGCCAUAGUGGAGUUUGGAGUGUGACUGUUUGAGGUUGUGGACAGGUGUAUUUUAUACUGAUAACAAGUUCAAACAGGUGCCAUUAAUACAGGUAACGAGUGGAGGACAGAGGAGCCUCUUAAAGAAGAAGUUACAGGUCUGUGAGAGCCAGAAAUCUUGCUUGUUUGUAGGUGACCAAAUACUUAUUUUCCACCAUAAUUUGCAAAUAAAUUCAUAAAAAAUCCUACAAUUUGAUUUUCUGGGGAAAAAAUGCUCAAUUUGUCUGUCAUAGUUGACGUGUACCUAUGAUGAAAAUUACAGGCCUCUCUCAUCUUUUUAAGCGGGAGAACUUGCACAAUUGGUGGCUGACUAAAUACUUUUUCCCCCCACUGUAUCUAUCUAUCUAUCUAUAUAUAUAUAUAUAUAUAUAUAUAUAUAUAUAUAUAUAUAUAUAUAUAUAUAUAUAUAUACUACCAUUCAAAAGUUUGGGGUCACUAUGAAAUUUCCUUGUUUUCGAAAGAAAAGCACAAAAAAAAAUCCAUUAAAAUAACAUCAAAUUGAUGUGUAGACAUUGUUAAUGUUGUAAAUGGCUAUUGUAGCUGGAAACGGCUGAUUGUUAAUGGAACAUCUACAUAGGCGUACAGAGGCCCAUUAUCAGCAACCAUCAGUCCUGUGUUUCAAUGGCACGUUGUGUUUGCUAAUCCAAGUUUAUCAUUUUAAAAGCCUAAUUGAUCAUUAGAAAACCCUUUUGCAAUUAUGUUAGCACAGCUGAAAACUGUUGUGCUGAUUUAAAGAAGCAAUGAAACUGGCCUUCUUGAGACUAGUUGAGUAUCUGGAGCAUCAGCAAUUGUGGGUUCGAUUACAGGCUCAAAAUGGCCAGAAACAAAGACCUUUCUUCUGACACUCGUCAGUCUAUUCUUGUUCUGAGAAAUGAAGGCUAUUCCAUGCGAGAAAUUGCCAAGAAACUGAAGAUCUCGUACAACGCUGUGUACUACUCCCUUCACAGAACAGCGCAAACUAGCUCUAACCAGAAUAGAAAGAGGAGUGGGAGGCCCCGGUGCACAAACUGAGCAAGAGGACAAAUACAUGAGUGUCUAGUUUGAGAAACAGGCGCCUCACAGGUCCUCAAUUGGCAGCUUCAUUAAAUAGUACCUGCAAAACACCAGUCUCAACGUCAACAGUGAAGAGGCGACUCCGGGAUGCUGACCUUCUAGGCAGAGUUGCAAAGACAAAGCCAUAUCUCAGACUGGCCAAUAAAAAUAAAAGAUUAAGAUGGGCAGUCUGAGAUAUGGCUUUUUUUUUGCAGGUACUAUUUAAUGAAGCUGCCAGUUGAGGACCUGUGAGGCAUCUGUUUCUCAAACUAGACACUCUAAUAUAUUUGUCCUCUUGCUCAGUGUAUAUACUGACCACAACCACAGCUGCUCUCUGACCACAUUCUCUCUCUCUGAGGUUGAAGUAAAAACAAUCUAAUACACUGUUUUCCAUUGGGAUCCUGUUCCUGCUUUUUGAGGUGUUUGAUGAUGCGUUCUCCCCUCUGCAGAAUGAUGACAUAGAAACGGACAUCAAUAAACUGCGACCCAAAGAGACCCAUAGCAGGCCGUUUGAAGAGCUGAAGAUCUAUGAGAGAUUCUUCAUGGAGCUCUCAGAGGAUUUCCAGGUAAUGCAGUACACGUUUUUGUGUCUUUAGUUUUAAUAAUAAGUGUGUAAUGGAAAUGUGUUAUUUGCAUAUCCCAACUCUCCCUGAGACACCCGCAGGGAUUAGGGUCACGGCCAGGGUCACCAUUGUCCAGCGCCCCUGAAGCAAUUGGGGUGAAGUGCCUUGCUCAAGGGCGCAGCGACAGAUUUUUGACCUUGUAUGCUCUGGGAAUCGAACCAGCGACAAUGUAAUUGUAUGCAUCACUUCCAAUCCCACAUAUACAGUACCAGUCAAAAGUUUGGACACACCUACUCAUUCAAGGAUUUUCCUUUAUUUUUACUAUUUUUACAUUGUAGGAUAAUAGUGAAGACAUCAAAACUAUGAAAUAACACAUAUAGAAUCAUGUAGUAACCCAAAAAGUGUUAAACAAAUCAAAAUAUAUGUUCAAAUAGCCACCCUUUGCCUUGAUGACAGCUUUGUACACUCUUGGCAUUCUCUCAACCAGCUUCAUGAGGUAGUCACCUGGAGUGCAUUUCAAUUAACAGGUGUGCCUUCUUAAAAGUUAAUUUGUGGAAUUUCUUUCCUUCUUAAUGCGUUUGAGCCAAUCAGUUGUGUUGUGACAAGGUAGUGGGGGGUAUACAGAAGAUAGCCCUAUUUGGUAAAAUACCAAGUCCAUAUUAUGGCAAGAACAGCUCAAAUAAGCAAAGAGAAACGACAGUCCAUCAUUACUUUAAGACAUGAAGGUAAGUCAAUCCGGAACAUUUCAAGAACUUUGAAAGUUUCUUCAAGUGCAGUCGCGAAAACCAUCAAGCGCUAUGAUGAAACUGGCAUGAGGACCACCACAGGAAUGGAAGACCUAGAGUUACCUCUGCUGCAGAGGAGAAGUUCAUUAGAGUUACCAGCCUCGAAAUUGCAGCCCAAAUAAAUGCUUCACAGAGUUCAAGUCACAGACACAUCUCAACAUCAACUGUUCAGAGGGGACUGUGUGAAUCAGGCCUUCAUGGUCGAAUUGCUGCAAAGAAACCACUACUAAAGGCCACCAGUAGGAAGAAGAGACCUGCUUGGGCCAAGAAACACGAGCAAUGGACAUAAGACCGAUGGAAAUGUGUCCUUCGGUCUGGAGUCCAAAUUUGAGAUUUUUGGUUCCAACCGCUGUGUCUUUUGAGACGCAGUGUGGGUGAAAGGAUGAUCUCUGCAUGUGUAGUUCCCACCGUAAAGUAUUGAGGAGGAGGUGUUAUGGUGUGGGGGUGCUUUGCUGGUGACACUAUCUGUGAUUUAUUUAUAAUUCAAGGCACACUUAACCAACAUGGCUACCACAGCAUUCUGCAGCGAUACGCUAUCCCAUCUGUUUUGCGCUUAGUGGGACUAUCAUUUGUUUUUCAACAGGACAAUGACCCAACACACCUCCAGGCUGUGUAAGGGCUAUUUUACCAAAAAAGAGAGUGAUGGAGUGCUGCAUCAGAUGACCUGGCCUCCACAAUCCCCCGUCCUCAACCAAAUUGAGAUGGUUUGGGAUGAGUCAGACAGCAGAGUGAAGGAAAAUCUGCCAACAAGUGCUAAGCAUAUAUGGGAACUCCUUCAAGACUGUUGGAAAAGCAUUCCAGGUGAAGCUGGUUGAGAGCAUGCCAAGAGUGUGCAAAGCUGUCAUCAAGGCAAAGGGUGGCUACUUUGAAGAAUCUCAAAUUUCCACCGGUCUACUGUCCAUUGCUCGUGUGUCUUGGCCCAAGCAGGUCUCUUCUUCUUAUUGGUGUCCUUUAGUAGUGGUUUCUUUGCAGCAAUUCGACCAUGAAGGCCUGAUUCACACAGUCCCCUCUGAACAGUUGAUGUUGAGAUGUGUCUGUUACUUGAACUCUGUGAAGCAUUUAUUUGGGCUGCAAUUUCUGACGCUGGUAACUCUAAUGAACUUAUCCUCUGGGUCUUCCAUUCCUGUGGAGGUCCUCAUGAGAGCCAGUUUCAUCAUAGCGCUUGAUGGUUUUUACGACUGCACUUGAAGAAACUUUCAAAGUUCUUGAAAUGUUCUGGAUUGACUGACCUUCAUGUCUUAAAGUAAUAAUGGCCUGUCGUUUCUCUUUGCUUAUUUGAGCUGUUCUUGCCAUAAUAUGGACUUGGUAUUUUACCAAAUAGGGCUAUCUUCUGUAUACCCCCCACUACCUUGUCACAACACAACUGAUUGGCUCAAACGCAUUAAGAAGGAAAGAAAUUCCACAAAUUAACUUUGAACAUGCAUAUUAUGGACACAGUAUGUUUUACAUUAGUUAUCUUGUUAUUAGUCCCAACCUUCAGCUCCAUUCAACCCCUCCCAUCUAUCUCUUAACACCAUCCAUAUUGGAUUUCUAUUUGCCAUAUAUUUUUCAACUGUACUGUGAUUUUUAACAAAAGUUUGAACCUUUCUAUUCUUAUUGUUUCUACAGAUUGUAAGUUGAAAAUAAAAUGUUUUGCUAAAAGUAUUAUUAUAUUAUUGAUCAAUUGACUAUGACUUUUCAGAUCACCCAGUAGUGCUAUCUGCAGGGUUAGCUCCAGGUAAAUAUUGCAAUUCUUCAGCCAUUUCUGGACCUGUGACCAAAAACAAGCUACAAAUGGACAGUACCAAAACAAAUGAUCUAAUGAUUCUGUCUCUUCGCAGCAAAAUCUGCAGAGCUGGGAAGGUUGUAUCCCUCAUAUUAAUAACAUUCUAUUGGUUGCAAGAAUUUUGUAUAAUAAUUUAAAUAGAAAAAUUAUACGUUUUGAAUGCGGCGUAAUUUUGCGUAUCAGCUCAUAAACCAUGUGCCAUGGAAUCGGUACGUCAAAAAUCUCUUCCCAACUAUUUUGCAAUCUAUAUGGGACGGCUGUCAAUCUUUUGGUCCUUAAAUGAAACUGGUAUACUUUUUUAUUCUUUAACCAAUUAUGGUCUUUAAUGCAGGGCCGACAAACAUGUUCCUUACUUUUUCCCCCUUACUUUUUGCUUUUGGUUACUGGCCCAACGCACUAACCUCAAGGCUAUCUGCCACCCCCAUGUUCAACAUUCCAUCUUAAAACUUGCAGAAGUGUGUUUUUCACCUGGGGACCACACUGUGGUAAGUGAUCAGAAAGCUGCCUGUAGUCCUGAAGUUCAAUCUCCUUUGUGUCUAUGCAGGUGUUUAACUUUGACAACCCAAAGAGAGGUGUGACGGCCACCCCAGCAGCUCCCAAGUCUCACCGCCCCAUCAUCGUUCCCACCUCCCAGGCCCUGCCCCCGAAACACCCCACUGCUGCCACUCUUCAGGGGGAGUGCCCCCAUCCGGCCCCAGUCCCUCGCCUGGACCUGGACACCAUCAACAUCACCAAGGACCAAGAUGGCUGCUGUGACCACACCCACACCCGACCCCACCCUGGGGCGGGGCUGGAGCAGGAGCUGGUGCAGGGGCUGGAACGGGUGUCCCUGGAUGGGGCUGGGCCUCAGGGCGGGGGAGGGGGUGGAGGAGGAGGGGUCAACAGGCACAAUAGACAGCCCCCCCUACUGGCUGGGGGUGUGGCUGCCCGACCGGGUGGAGGGGGACAGGAGAUGUUAGCGGAGGAGUGGGCUGAGGAGGAGGGAGGUGAGGGGGCAGUGCUGGAGGUGCCGGACACAGCCUUGCUCCUGCCGCUCCACGACCCUGACCUGUAUGUAGAGAUGGUGAAGAGCACGCGCUCUGUGCCACAGUACUCCGAGGUGGCCUACCCGGACUACUUUGGCCACGUGGCGCCCACCUUCCGAGAACACAUCCUGGAGAGGGUCUACGGCGUGCAGAGGUGAGACCCCUAGACACUGAUCUAGGUUCUAUAUGUCUGUUUGGCAUCCCCCCCCCCCCCCCUGUUGUUUUACAUUAGGGAGCUGGAACAGUAGCCUGACGGUUGCUGGUUCAUUGCCAACAGUCAAAUCGCUUAGUGUCUCGUCUUUCCACUAAAGAUGAUUUCCGGUAGUUGGGUGGCUCGUCUGAGUGAAGGGUUGGAGUGUUUUGUCAGAGUGGGCUCCCCUGCUGCUGCUGUUUGAUGAUGAUGUCACUCAGUCCUCUGCCCCCCUACAGGACUAAGAUCUUCCAGGACAUUGAGAGACUGAUCCACCCCAACGACAUCCUGGAUAAAGUGGUCUACGACUUGGACAUACAGAGGUGAGCAACAUCGUCAGUCCAGGGAACUAGGAGUGUUUGUGUGUGGUGUGUGUGUCUCACGGUGUGGGCCCUGUGUGUUUCAGUUGUCCAGUGGUUGACGACGGCGAAUCUCUGAAGUUCAACUCUCAGUUUGAGUCUGGCAACCUGAGGAAAGCAGUUCAAGUCAGAAAGUGAGUGUUGUGUCCAUUGUAUCCCAUUGUUAAUUUUUUUUUAUUAAUGUAGCCCUUUACACUCAUAUAUGGGUUCAAAAUGGCAGAUUUGGGCACUUAAAUUGGAACGUAGUGGCUGUACAGUAGCAUGCUAUACAUGAAGUCAGAGCUCUGGCUCUGCGCUUCACAGCGCUGUAUGGGUUUUGACUGACAGCCAUUCUGAACUUGAGCACAGAGCGCGACAAGAUGAUGCCCCGAUCCCUCCCGCUAAUUGGGCAACUUUUGCAAAUGUUUUGUUGUUGGAGUGAGGGGGAAAUGCUGUAAAUUAAGAUGACUAUGUAUUUUGAAAGAUGAGACGUUGAGGAUUAUAAUAAAUACUGCUUUUAUGUCGUAAAAGCAAGCCAAUUAUUCGUGAGUCCAAAUGUGCACUUCACAUUUCCAUCUCAUAAAACCAUGUCCUAUACAGUGUCAAUGUUUAUUAUCACUAUGUUUGAUGUACAGUUACAAGAUGACAUGGCGUCAUACCCUGGGUUGUUCUGAACAGAAUGAGCCUGUUUGUUUAUCGUUAAGAAAAUGUGCUGCGGCACACGCACCUGAAUGCACUCAUGACUCCUUUGUUUUUUUGGGUGGGUAUUUUUUACAGUACAAGCAUCCACAUACAAACAACAACAUACAGACGCACACUAGGGUCAGAUUGCUUGCUCUUACUUAGAUCCAUGGUUGUCUUAUUAUAUCAGAGACUGAAACUGGCUUGGGCCUUUUGUUUCUAUCUUCAAACACAGUGAAAAGAGCCUGGGUUGAACAGAGUUUAAACUAACCAUGAGUGUUUUUGCAAGAUAAGGAUUGAUUGAUUGUAGUACUCUGAACUUAAUGAAAGUCGAAUUUAGCCGCCCUCAGAGACAAAGGAAGUGGGCGGAGCAAUAAAAGAGCGGGAAACUGAAGAGGGCACUAUAUAAGAUGGAGGGAGAGAAGAAGAGGGGGUUCCAAUCUGCAGAUUGACCUGGCUUUGUUGAAUUAAAAAUAAAGUCAUUCUUGAUGCAACAAAAGUUCUGUAAGACCUUUGAUUUUUAAUAAAGUAUAGUGGUUAUUUUCCACAACACCAUUUUGUUUCUCUCCAUCGACCACGCACUUUCAACAUUUAGAUAAUAAAGCAUUGACUCAUUUCUAUUCACACAAAUUACGAUCUGUUUCUCUGAAUUACCUUAUGAAAGCUUAACACUGUAAUAUCGUAUUUUAUAACUUAGCUAGUCAUGUUGGCAAUAGACCCUUUUCCAGUACACGACACUGACAUCAGGUACAGAUGCGCGCGACUCUUGGCGGCAGUAAGAAAGCCAUCACCAUCUGCGCCCAUUCAACAGCCUAGAUUUAUGUUUUUAAUACUUCUAAACAAAAUAACCUUUUGGGGUUCUCAUACGCUUACAAUUAUGUUUUAAUUCUUGCUUGAACAGUCGCUAAGAUUAUACACUGGUCAAUAAAAUAAGGGAACACUAAAAUAACACAUCCUAGAUCUGAAUGAAUGAAAUAAUCUUAUUAAAUACUUUUUUCUUUACAUAGUUGAAUGUGCUGACAACAAAAUCACACAAAAAUGAUCAAUAGAAAUCAAAUGUAUCAACCCAUGGAGGUCUGGAUUUGGAGUCACCCUCAAAAUUAAAGUGGAAAACCACACUACAGGCUGAUCCAACUUUGAUGUAAUGUCCUUAAAACAAGUCAAAAUGAGGCUCAGUAGUGUGUGUGGCCUCCACGUGCCUGUAUGACCUCCCUACAAUGCCUGGGCAUGCUCCUGAUGAGGUGGCGGAUGGUCUCCUGAGGGAUCUCCUCCCAGACCUGGACUAAAGCAUCCGCCAACUCCUGGACAGUCUGUGGUGCAACGUGGCGUUGGUGGAUGGAGCGAGACAUGAUGUCCCAGAUGUGCUCAAUUGGAUUCAGGUCUGGGGAACGGGCGGGCCAGUCCAUAGCAUCAAUGCCUUCCUCUUGCAGGAACUGCUGACACACUCCAGCCACAUGAGGUCUAGCAUUGUCUUGCAUUAGGAGGAACCCAGGGCCAACCGCACCAGCAUAUGGUCUCGCAAGGGGUCUGAGGAUCUCAUCUCGGUACCUAAUGGCAGUCAGGCUACCUCUGGCGAGCACAUGGAGGGCUGUGCGGCCCCCCAAAGAAAUGCCACCCCACACCAUGACUGACCCACCGCCAAACCGGUCAUGCUGGAGGAUGUUGCAGGCAGCAGAACAUUCUCCACGGCGUCUCCAGACUUUGUCACGUCUGUCACAUGUGCUCAGUGUGAACCUGCUUUCAUCUGUGAAGAGCACAGGGCGCCAGUGGCGAAUUUGCCAAUCUUGGUGUUCUCUGGCAAAUGCCAAACGUCCUGCACGGUGUUGGGCUGUAAGCACAACCCCCACCUGUGGACGUCGGGCCCUCAUACCACCCUCAUGGAGUCUGUUUCUGACCGUUUGAGCAGACACAUGCACAUUUGUGGCCUGCUGGUGGUCAUUUUGCAGGGCUCUGGCAGUGCUCCUCCUGCUCCUCCUUGCACAAAGGUGGAGGUAGCAGUCCUGCUGCUGGGUUGUUGCCCUCCUACGGCCUCCUCCACGUCUCCUGAUGUACUGGCCUGUCUCCUGGUAGCGCCUCCAUGCUCUGGACACUACGCUGACAGACACAGCAAACCUUUUUGCCACAGCUCGCAUUGAUGUGCCAUCCUGGAUGAGCUGCACUACCUGAGCCACUUGUGUGGGUUGUAGACUCCGUCUCAUGCUACCACUAGAGUGAAAGCACCGCCAGCAUUCAAAAGUGACCAAAACAUCAGCCAGGAAGCAUAGGAACUGAGAAGUGGUCUGUGGUCACCACCUGCAAAACCAGUCCUUUAUUGGGGGUGUCUUGCUAAUUGCCUAUAAUUUCCACCUGUUGUCUAUUCCAUUUGCACAACAGCAUGUGAAAUGUAUUGUCAAUCAGUGUUGCUUCCUAAGUGGACAAUUUCACAGAAGUGUGAUUGACUUGGAGUUACAUUGUGUUGUUUAAGUGUUCCCUUUAUUUUUUUGAGCAGUGUAUUUGGUUGUGGUCUUUGCAAAAUAACCAUUUUGGAUGCACUUGUUAGCUAGAAUGCUAACGCUCAUUGGCUAGCUUUUGCUACAAAGAGCCAUUUUAAUGGUUGAAGUCAAAGUUUGUUAAAAGGUAUAAUGCAAAUGAUUUGCGACGAUGACGCAAACAUUAUAUUAAGCAGGACAUUCAUACGAGCCUUAAAAUCCUAAAUAAUCCAACAUGUAAAUAGAGGCAUUUUUGCUGGCGUUCUAUAAGAACUUCCCCUUGUUCUGCAACCAACUUGCGCACAUCGCCCUCAUGCGGCAAUGUUUGCAAACACAGAAAGGGGUCUAUAGAACAAGCUUUGAAAUCAUGCCCAUCUGACCCAAAUUGCGAUUGUUAUAAUGGACCGGUUUUGGAUUGUGUAAACAACAACAGUAAUUGUGUGAAGGCUGGGAUGCAGGGUUGUGUUCCAAACAAAACAACUACAAGUGUGCUUGCUCUAGUUCUUCAACAGCACAGCUAGGAGAGCUAAAAAAAUGUUUACCUUAUAGUUGAAGACUCUUCUUUGAGUCAUAAAAGUGCAUUGAAAUUGCUUAGGAACUGUGCACACUUUGGAAAGGUGUGUGUCCCCUUGGAGAUACCAGUUAGUCCUCUCACUCAAACCCUUAUCAUUGUUUUUGUCUUAUGUUGCACCUACCCCACAUUAUCCAGGAAUAUUCUUACCAUGUUACUGAAUGUAUCCGGAGUAUUUUCAGAUUACGUUAUCAACAAAUGCGGCGAAAAGUACAGUAAAUGUAAAAUGCACAUAAAAUCAACAGUGUAAUGUUUGGAUUCAGUCUUGUCAGGUGAACUGAAUAAUUUUGCCAUUAUCUCCAAACUGUUCCCUUUCAAUUGCUACCAUGGUUAUGCAUAUGCUUCUCAUAUUUCUUAAUUUUGCCCUAACCAUAUAGGCCAAUUCCCAUGACUGUAAAGGGUUAAUUCAAUAUAAUAAAACAUCAGGAGCUGGUUAAUGUAAUAGUAGUUGUUGUAUUCAAUUGUGUCUUUGCCCACAUGUAUGGGCCAUUUGGUUUGCUUAAAGGUUGAGCUGAUGUGAUCUGUGUGUGUUCCAGGUUUGAGUACGACCUGGUCCUAAACUCCGACAUCAAUAGUAACCACUACCACCAAUGGUUCUAUUUUGAGGUGAGCGGCAUGCGCGUGGGAGCCCCCUAUCGCUUCAACAUCAUCAACUGUGAAAAGUCCAACAGCCAGUUCAACUACGGUAAGUCACUGACUGACUUGGUCAUUUUUGUUGCAUUAUUUAGCCAAUAAUGUUUGGCAAAGCUUCUGUGUUUAGAUAGAAAUGUUAAUUCAGUUUGCUGUGUGUAUGGAAUGAAUGUCUCCUUGGUACUGUCUGCAGGUAUGCAGGUGCUGAUGUACUCUGUUCAGGAGGCCAUUAGCGGCAGGCCCCGUUGGAUUCGCACUGGAACGGACAUCUGUUACUACAAGUAGGUGUGAUUGUCCUCCCUCACCCCACCAGCAGAGGCAGUAUCACACAGCCCACUGGACAAGUAGUGCACCUGUCAGGAGAAAUGAGCCCGUUCCAUUACUUUAGAAAUGCAUCCUUCCGACCUGUACCUUGAAGUAACCACAGAUCUAAAUUGGUUAGUGUGGUGAAAGUAAUAGGGUUGUAACUUUGCUUUCACUUAUCCUAUCACUUAUAGGUCUGUGCUUACCUCAAGGAAGCGAGGAAGGAAGGGUGCAUUUUGUAGUAUUAAGUAUUUGAACAGGGCCAUGAAAUAGGUUACUUGUUGGUCACUUCCGUAGAUACUGAUGUCAUGUGAAUGUGAAUGUGUUUGUAGGUUUCUGUUUGUUAUUGUAUCAAGCUUUUGUGAACUUCUCAACCUUUUACCCAGAAACCACUUCUCCAGGAGCUCGAUAGCAGCAGGCGGUCAGAAGGGAAAGUCCUACUACACCAUGACCUUCAGCAUGAUCUUCAACCACAAGGACGAUGUCUGCUACUUCGCUUACCACUACCCCUACACCUACUCUACUCUAAAG